CACGAACUCAUAUUUGCGACCCAGCCUCAGAGAACUAAAAAAGAACAUAAUAUGAGCCUUUAGCUACUCAGGGCCUCUACUCCCAUAUAUUUGUGAGCAGCAACCGGGUUUUCAAUCAGCCCUCCCUUAGGAAAGGGCAUCUCCACAACCCGCGCUUUCUUCUCUUCGACGUAACUACUUCCACAAUGGCGAUCUCAGCCAUGUCUUCCGAAGGUUCCUUAAGCUCGCGACUCAGUGCUCUGGUUCAGCGAGCGCGUGCAGUGAAACAGGAGACGUCUAUUGACCCGCCUCUCCAGAUUUCGGCGCUUCUAGAUGACAACGAAGCUAUCGUCGAGCGCAUAGAGCCUAGGGAUCUCCGCGAACUCACCGCCGAAAGCGCCGCCAAGAACAUCCUUUAUCCAAUCUUGAGCUCUGCUCGCAUCAAUGAUCCUUCCUUUGUCGAUGUUUGGAACCUUCUGGAUAUCGUUCAAGGUUGUGCAGACAGAGAUCUUUGCUCGAACCAGCUCGUACUGCUGCUUGCCGAGGAGGUACUGGACAGCUUGUCGAUUGCUGAUUGCCAUGUUGCGUUCAACUAUCUCGAGUCGCGGAGAGAGGCUAUUUUAUCUGGGGGCACUGGGACAACAGGAAGCAAAGAGAUGGUUAUCCUACGCACAUGCAAUGAGCUGCUGCGCCGUUUAUCGCGCGCAGAGGAUCCCGUUUUCUGCGGACGUGUAUAUGUGUUCCUCUUCCAGAGCUUCCCAUUGGGGCACAAGGGCUCCGUCAAUCUGCGAGGCGAGUUCCAUGUUGGUAAUGUGACGACCUUCGAAGAUUGGAUUGUGUCAGAGCAAACCGAUGAUCAGGUUAUGGAGGAUGCCUCCAACACUGAACAGGUUGAGAGCGUCAAGGGAGAAGUCAAAGCAGAAGAGACGAAACCAUCAGAACCUGAAAGCUCUGUUGAAAGGAAGCCAACUACGAAGGAUCUCGCUACGCUCUACCCUGUCUUCUGGUCGUUGCAGCACUCGUUCUCAAAUCCUCCGCAACUGUUCGACGAAGGAAAAUUUAAGCACUUUCAAGACGCGCUAGAAGCUACGCUCGCAAAGUUCAAAGAAGUUGACAAGGUCAUCCAGUCCGGAGAAUCGGCUCGCAAAGCAGGAUCUCCAACUACGGCGGACGAUAGCUAUGACGAAUUUGCCAAUGCUUUUAAUCCAAAGUAUCUUACUAGUCGUGAUCUGUUCAAGCUUGAGCUUAGCGAUGUCGCUUUCCAACGUCACGUCCUGGUUCAGGCCCUGAUCUUGAUCGAUUUCCUCUUGACGUUGACAGGAACGGCGAAGAGCAAGCCGCACUACGAGAACGCACAACAGUCGAUGAAAUACAACUUUACUCUGAGCGAUGAAAAUACUGAGUGGGCGUUGGGCAUCAAGAACGCCAUCGCAAAUUACCUGCAGGAUGGUCCGGAUGGCAAAUUCUAUUACCGAGUGGUUGAUACGGUACUUUCCCGCGACAAGAAUUGGGUUAGAUGGAAAAUGGACCGCUGCCAAUCAUUUACGCGCCAAAAAGUGCCAGCUAAGAUCUUUCUGGAAUCAAAGGGCGGAGCGAUAGCUGCGGUCACCAGCAAGAAAGACCGCAAGCCAGCAGGAGUACCACCGGCCUUGCGGUUCGUGGCUACUGCUGAGCCGGGAAAGGGGCUGGCACAGCUGAGACAGCGCGGAAAGUUCACCAAGCCAAGUCCGCAGGACUAUACUGUGCGGAUUGAAACGACCGACCAAGAGCCACCAACAGAGGAAGACGCGCGCGAACUAAACGAAAAGAUCACCAGCAGCACGUGGAGGGGUCUCCGCCUGGCUUCGCAAGACCAGCUGAGCUUAUUCGAUAGAUUCAACCAUGCAAAUGGCCUGAAGAGCCUCUUUCAGCCGGGCCAGACGCGAAUUGAGGACAAGGGUAGCGACCCACAGCCAGAGCAAAGUGUAGAGGAGCCGCGGGCCGAUCAACAGGGUAUUGUGGCUUGAGCUACCCCAGAUUACAGUUCACAUACACCAACAUGUCAGCGCAUGCUUGAUCCGAGCCACAGGCACCAGUCUGCGGAGAAAAUCGUGGGGCGACCACCCCAA